GCCCCGGGCCAACGCGCGGAGCAGUCGAGCCCCUGGAGCCAUCCGGAUGGCCGCAGCAACAGCCCCAGCCCCAGCCACUCACGCACGCACGCCGCUACUUGCCCCCGCACCCUCCUUGCUGCGCGCGGGAGAGCGGUGCGUGCCGGAGCUGCUGGGCUGAGCUCCCCCGCUGGGGUCCCCGCGCCGCUCGGCCGCGCUCCGGCCGCCGCCCGGGUGGUUGCCCCCAGACCUCUCACUUGAGCUGUCCCCGGUGGCGAACGGGCUCCCCGCCCCCUCCUCCCGCGCCGUCCCCUCCCCUCCCCUCUCCCUCCCCUUCUCUGCAACGCCUGCAUUAUUUUCCGCCCGCAGGGUCCGCGCGCACACCGCGGCCGCGGCGGGGGAGGUGACCGGGUGGGUGGUUGGGUGGGUGGCUGGCGGGGAGAAGAGUGUGCAAGUUGCAGGGAAGGGGUGCCCGCUCCUUGCGUGCUCUCCGUGCUCCCGGCUCCUCACUCCUUCCCCCUCCUCCUCGCCUCCUCCCUCCCCGCCCCCACCUCCUUCCUCCUCUCCGAAGGGCUGGUAACUUGUUGUGCGGAGCGAACGGCGACAACGACGGCGCGACGGAGGCACCAUCCGGGCGGGCAGCAUGGGCACGUCCGCGCGCUGGGCGCUGUGGCUGCUGCUCGCGCUGUGCUGGGCGCCCCGGGACAGCGGCGCCACUGCAAGCGGAAAGAAAGCCAAAUGUGAUAGCUCCCAAUUCCAGUGCACAAAUGGCCGCUGCAUUACUCUGCUGUGGAAAUGUGAUGGAGAUGAAGAUUGUGCGGAUGGUAGCGAUGAGAAGAACUGUGUAAAGAAGACAUGUGCUGAGUCUGACUUCGUGUGCAAAAACGGCCAGUGCGUUCCUAACAGAUGGCAGUGUGACGGGGAUCCUGAUUGUGAAGAUGGUUCUGAUGAAAGCCCAGAACAGUGCCAUAUGAGAACAUGCCGCAUAAAUGAAAUCAGCUGUGGCGCCCGUUCUACUCAGUGUAUCCCCGUGUCCUGGAGAUGCGAUGGUGAAAAUGAUUGUGACAAUGGAGAAGAUGAAGAAAACUGUGGCAAUGUAACGUGUAGUGCGGAUGAGUUCACCUGCUCCAGUGGCCGCUGUGUCUCUAGGAACUUUGUGUGCAAUGGCCAGGAUGACUGCGAUGAUGGCAGUGAUGAGCUGGACUGUGCUCCACCAACCUGCGGUGCCCACGAGUUCCAGUGCAGCACCUCUUCCUGCAUCCCCCUCAGCUGGGUGUGUGAUGAUGACGCAGACUGUUCCGACCAAUCAGACGAGUCUCUUGAGCAGUGUGGCCGUCAGCCUGUGAUACAUACCAAAUGUCCCACCAGUGAGAUCCAGUGUGGCUCUGGCGAGUGCAUUCACAAAAAAUGGCGGUGUGACGGAGACCCUGACUGCAAGGAUGGCAGCGAUGAGGUCAACUGUCCUUCUCGAACCUGCAGACCUGACCAGUUUGAAUGUGAAGAUGGUAGCUGUAUCCAUGGCAGCAGGCAAUGCAAUGGCAUCCGAGACUGUGUUGAUGGCUCUGAUGAAGUCAACUGCAAAAAUGUCAAUCAGUGCCUGGGCCCUGGAAAGUUCAAGUGCAGAAGUGGGGAAUGCAUAGACAUCAGCAAAGUAUGUGACCAGGAACAGGACUGCAGAGACUGGAGUGAUGAACCCCUGAAAGAAUGCCAUAUCAACGAAUGCUUGGUCAAUAACGGUGGCUGUUCCCAUAUCUGCAAAGACCUGGUUAUAGGCUAUGAAUGUGACUGUGCAGCUGGGUUUGAACUGAUAGAUAGGAAAACCUGUGGAGAUAUUGAUGAAUGCCAAAAUCCGGGGAUCUGCAGUCAAAUUUGUAUCAACUUAAAAGGCGGUUACAAGUGUGAAUGUAGUCGUGGCUAUCAAAUGGAUCUUGCCACUGGCGUGUGCAAGGCAGUAGGCAAAGAGCCAAGUCUGAUCUUCACUAAUCGAAGAGACAUCAGGAAGAUUGGCCUAGAGAGGAAAGAAUAUAUCCAACUUGUAGAACAACUAAGAAACACCGUGGCUCUCGAUGCUGACAUUGCAGCUCAGAAGCUAUUCUGGGCUGAUCUAAGCCAAAAGGCCAUCUUCAGUGCCUCAAUUGAUGACAAGGUUGGUAGACAUUUUAAAAUGAUCGACAAUGUCUAUAAUCCUGCAGCCAUUGCUGUUGAUUGGGUGUACAAGACCAUCUACUGGACUGAUGCGGCUUCUAAGACUAUUUCAGUAGCUACCCUAGACGGAGCCAAGAGGAAGUUCCUAUUUAACUCUGACUUACGAGAGCCUGCAUCCAUAGCUGUGGAUCCAUUGUCUGGCUUUGUUUACUGGUCUGACUGGGGUGAGCCAGCUAAAAUAGAAAAAGCAGGAAUGAAUGGAUUUGAUAGACGUCCACUGGUGACAGAGGAUAUCCAAUGGCCUAAUGGGAUUACACUCGACCUUGUCAAAAGCCGCCUCUACUGGCUGGAUUCCAAGUUGCACAUGCUCUCUAGUGUGGACCUGAAUGGUCAAGACCGUAGGAUAGUGCUCAAGUCUCUGGAGUUCCUAGCACAUCCUCUUGCUCUCACCAUAUUUGAGGAUCGCGUCUACUGGAUAGAUGGAGAAAAUGAAGCAGUAUAUGGUGCCAAUAAAUUCACUGGAUCAGAGCUGGCCACUCUAGUGAACAAUCUCAAUGAUGCCCAAGACAUCAUUGUCUACCAUGAACUCGUCCAGCCGUCAGGUAAAAAUUGGUGUGAAGAUGAUAUGGAAAAUGGAGGAUGUGAAUAUCUCUGCCUGCCAGCACCACAGAUCAAUGACCACUCUCCAAAAUAUACCUGUUCCUGUCCCAAUGGGUACAAUCUCGAAGAAAAUGGACGAGCUUGUCAAAGGAUCAAUGUGACCACAGCAGUAUCAGAAGUCAAUGUUGCUCCAAAAGGGACUUCAGCUGCCUGGGCUAUCCUUCCUCUCUUGCUCUUAGUGAUGGCAGCAGUAGGUGGAUACUUGAUGUGGAGGAAUUGGCAACAUAAAAACAUGAAAAGCAUGAACUUUGACAAUCCCGUGUACUUGAAGACCACUGAAGAGGACCUGUCCAUAGACAUUGGUAGACACAGCGCUUCUGUAGGACACACGUACCCAGCAAUAUCAGUUGUAAGCACAGAUGAUGAUCUGGCUUGAGUUCUGAACAAAUCUUGAUCUAUGAGGUCUACACCAAUAACGCCCCACUCUGGAAUGGUAACAGAGCCAGCGCUGAAGUCUCUUUUCUUCCUCCCAUCUGGAAGGAUAUCAAGAUACCUUUUCAUGGAUCAAGUUUGUUUACUUGAUCAUUUUUAUAUUACUUUUGUAAAUAUUCUUGGCCACAUUCUACUUCAGCUUUGGAUGUGGUUACCAAGUAUCUGUAACCCUUGAAUCCCUAGACAGUAUUGCCACCUCUGGCCAAAUAUGCACUUUCCCUAGAAAGCCAUAUUCCAGCAAUGAACCUUGCGCUAUAGUGACUCCCACCUGUACAUACAUUGUAUAGGCCACCUGUACAUAUCCCAGAGAACAAUCACUAUUCUUAAGCACUUUGAAGAUAUUUCUAUGUAAAUUAUUGUAAACUUUUUCAAUGGUUGGGACAAUGGCAAUAGGAUAAAACGGGUUACUAAGAUGAAAUUGCCAAAAAAAAAAAUUUGUAACUAAUUUUGUACGUAUGAAUGAAAUCUUUGACCUCUGUAGAGGUUUGCAAAGACUGACUUCAAACUACUGUACAUUUUUUUUCAAGUGCUAAAAAAAUUAAACCAAGCAGCUUAACCAUGGUUUUGAUUAUUCCUCUAAGAUGAGCUUCUGAAAACAGUAGCACCAAAUGUCCUGGACAUCUAAGCUAUAGUUAGUUCUUAAUGUUGUAUACCCAAGCCCAUAACUGAGCUAGUAUCUAUUACAGCCAAGAACUAGCUAAACAAUUAGGUACCAUUUAAUGUUUGUUCCCCUAAACCUAUCACUUCCUUCCUUCUUUCCUUAUUUCCUUCCUUUCUUCCUUUGCUGGCCUCAAGCUUGCAAUGCUCCUGCCUCAGCCUCUCAACUUCUAGAAUUACAUGUCUGCACCACUACACUCAGCCCAUGUAAUUUUAUUUUAUAAAUGACACUGUCUUCCCAGAAUUCCUUUCUUUAACAGAUUUCUUUUUCUUACUUUUUUUCCCAUGAUCUAGAAAUACAUGCCAAGAUUCUCAUGAGUUUUCUUGCUUUGUUGUUCAUGUUCUUUUGUUAUUUUAGGUUAAAGACAAGUGCCUUCUAUGGCAUGGGAAAGGGCUUUGUUCUUCAAAGACUCUGACCUGUCUUAGCCAUGAAGAUGGGUAGGAAGGGUACUAGGCAGCAUCGCUGAACAAUCUAAGUUGUGGUUCUUAACCUAUCCCCGGAACAGCAGGAUAGCUGCUAGGAACUUAACAGAAAUGAGGACUCUUGGUUCUCACCCCAAACCUGCUUAAUCAGAAACCCCAGAAAUACAGACCAGGAAACAGUUUUCACAAAUUCCUCAUGUACUUCGGAUAUAACGUAAAGCUUGACAAAAGCUAUUCUAAUGUGGCUUUUAUGGAAUGUGUAACUGUGAUGUAUUCAAAAUUGUCAGCGUGGUGGCAUCAAGUAUGUAGAGAUGUCUUUCUGUGAAGAGUUUGUGGAACUUUGUGUGGAGAACAGAUAAGGGGUUAGAGUAGAGGAAAUGGGUCAAGGAAAGAUUUUUGUGAGUUUUUCAUCACAUUGGCCAUCACAUCCUGACUCAAGUCUCAAGAUUCCUGGAAGUGAAGGAAGAUACAAAGCUUAAAACACAGACAAGAUGCUCUGACUCCACCAUGAAGUGGUCACGGUGCUGGUUCCUGUGGAAGAGAUGACUGAGCCAACUUCUGAAACAAAGUCAUUUAAUUUAAAACAAAAAACAAAAAACAAAACAAAACAAAACAAAACAAAAAACAAAUAAAAACCUUGUCUCUUCUGUAAAAAUCCAACAUUAGGUAGAUUUCACUGUAAUUUAAAAGUCACAACAUCAUUUAUAAAACUGAAGUGCUUAAAUAUUGGCUGAGUAUUGUUAAGUAUUGCUAGAGUGGUUAGUUAUCUGGUAAGACUGCUAAUUGAUUCAGUGUAUAAUAGUUCACAAGGGAUGAGAGCCCUGGCCUUUAUCACCCAAACAAGACCUUAAGAGCUCUAUAUGGGAUGGGUUGAUGUAGUUGGUUGAGUCUCUAGAGCAUUGGUUUUCAACUUGUGGGUUGCAACCCCUCCAAGGGGGGGGGCACAUAACAGAUAGGCUGAAUAUCAGAGAUUUCCAUUAUGAUUGAUGACAAUAUCAAUUUUAUAGUUAUGAAAUAGUAAUGAAAUAAUCUUAUGGUUGAGGGUCACCACAACAUGAAGCACUGUAUGAAAGUGUCUUGGCAGUAGGAAGGUUGAGAACCGCUGCUCUAGGGCUCAAUGUGUUAGAUAAUUCAUUAAAGGGUAAAAUAUGAAAUAUCAAAUCCUAAAAAGGAUACUUAUAAUUAAAGUAGCCUGUUAUGAGGCAACUGUGAGUGGAACAUCUGAGGACUUGAGAAAUAUCUGCAAAGUAUAGAAAAAUCAACAGAUUUGUGGACCCUAGUAAAGAAAUUCAGCCAAGUCUCAGUGCAAAAUUUUAAGAGGUUGAUGCAAGCUGCAUGCUCCUUGUUAAGAUGCAGGCCUCGCAUACCACCAAGUCCCUUAGAAUACUCUAACAGCUACCCUGAAGAUGUGGCAUCAUUUGUGAGCCUUUGGAUCUGGGUAAAUAGGGGACAAAACUAAUUCUUUGAGGCUUUAACUUGGGCACUUGCCUUGAUUCCUUUUCUUAUUGGAAGUCAGAUAUCCCCUCUCAAAAGUGAGCAGGUAGGUUUUAAACAGCUCAAUUUCUGACCAGUUAAAAGACUCACUUUUCAGUCAAGGACCCUGCAGAAAUCUGAGACCCACCCAAAUCCUAGCUUUUAACUGUGUUUGCUCCACUCUCAAAGAUGCUAGUGGACUUCCUGUGCAUCACAUAGGUAAAGAGAAGUGAUUUCCUAGCGUUCUUCCCUAGUAGAACCUUUUCCAAAAGAACAGUAUGUUCCCUUAAACUCAAAUGAACAUUGCACUGUUUUCUUUUACCUGUGGCAAAACAAACGAAUUUAAAAAAAAAAAAAUCAUACACCCGUUUGCUUACCUAAUUUCAAGAACAACAACAACAACAAUAAUAAUAAUUCUACUCCUAAUCCUGAUGUUGUGCCCUUCACUUCUAAAGCCGGUGUUUUGCCCUCUUUGGAAAGACUGAGAACUAUAUCCUAAUUUCAUCCAUAUUCUAGACUUAAAUUUGGCAUACUCCAGAAA